GCAAAGUUCUCCGAGUUGGUCAAAAGAGAGAAAGAUGUUGAAAAAAAAAUCGAUUAUCUGGAGUCUUCUGAAAGGGAAUUAUCCGCUAAUCCGCCUGCGUCCAAAACAGACUUGGAAUGCAUUUUGGAAAAACUGGAAUAUCUUGAAAAUAUGAGCUGAAGGAACAAUAUACAAAUUGUUGGAAUUCCUGAGCAUGAAGAGGGCAGAGAUAUGGUGAAAUUCCUGGAUGAGCUCUUCCCAAGUCUGCUCAACAUAACAGGCAAUAAACUGGAAAUCGAGGGAGCUCACAGAGAUCCGGCUUUCGGAUCUGCUGAGGGACACAGGCCCCGAUCAAUUCUGGCCAAAUUUCUGAGAUCAUCCGAUAAAGAUUUCAUGUUGCGCCAGGCGAGGAGCAAAGGAAAACUUUCUUGGAAGAAUCACAAUAUUUUCUUGUUCCCGGAUUUUGCGAAUUCGACAAGAGAGAAAUGCGAUCGGUUCAAGGAAUGUAAAAAACUCUUAAAUCAACGGAAGAUCGCUUUUGCACUGAUGUUUCCGGCCAAACUGAGAAUAGACAACAAGGACAGCAGCAAAGUAUUUUUAUGCCCCAAAAAGGCACUGGCCUUCAUACAAACUAUGGGUGAGUAAACCAUCAGGCAUUUCUUAUGUGAGUGGACUGACUCGCUGUUCAGUAUCUUGACUGUUUAAGGAAGCUGGGCGGCAUUUUUUUUUCUUUUUGCCUUGGCUCCGCCUAGCAGCUGGAGUUUGUUUUUGUGGCAUGACAUUCCAAGAAACAUUUGCAUUGAUGGAAGAUCGAAAGACUAUUACUGCAGUUUUUACACUGAAGUUCCCGGCCAGAUUGAGAAUGCACACUAUGGAUGACCGCAAAAUAUCUACAUGCCACAUAAAGGAUGUCUUUUAUAAAGUUGACGGACUGAGUAAGUCAUGGUGUAUAUUUUUUACAUGGCCUCCGAGUGAAUUUGACUCGCUCAAUACACACUUGAUCAUCCGAGGAACCGGGAUGUCUGUUUUUUUUUUUGUACUGGUUCCGCCUAGCGGCUGGAGUUUGUUUUGUGGAAUAACACUGCUUUGGGACAGUGUUGUGGAUGAAUCUGUUCGUUCUUUGUGCUUAUGCCUCCUGUUGGCUGGAGUUUGUUUUUGUGGAGUAUUUUUAAGGGACAUUAGAAUGAUUACGUCAUCUGCUGCACUCAUAACAGCUGUCUCACUGAACAAUUGUUUGUCUGGAAACUGAAUGGCUUUAUAUCAGCUGGAAUUUGUUUUGUGGAGGAACACACCUUCAAGACAGUUCUGUGAAUGAAUCUACACUUUCUUUGUGUUUAUUCUGCCUGCUGGCUGGGGCCUGUUUUACAAAGUAUUUUCCGUUAUGUAAUUUUGCCUCAAAUUUGUAUAGAUACACCGGGUUUGAGCAAUCCAAUGGCAAAGUUGUCGCGGGGACUCUCGUAUGCGUACAUGGACCUUCUGAGUUUAGAGGGAUUGACGCCGGUUGGCGCUGUCGUGCGCGGGGUUAAUGCGCACUUUUUUCUUUUUUCUGUUUGUUUUGUUCGGGGUGAAGUUCAGGGUUUGAUUGUUGCAUUAAUGUGGUCUGUAUAAUCUUGCUUUUGACACACAAUUUUUUUUUUAUUAUAUCAAUAUGUCAAAUGUUAAUGUGAAUGGAUUAUCUCUCUCCACAUGGAAUGUGAAUGGGUUGGGGCACCCCAUUAAAAGAAGGAAGGAUAUCUCUUUUCUUAAGCGUAAGAAAUAUGAUAUAGUGUUUCUUCAAGAAACACAUCUUUCCCAGCAGGAAGCUGAAAAAUUUGAGAAGAUAUGGGGUGGACAUGUUUUCUUUAGUGCUGGCUCGAGUAAGAGUAGGGGAGUUCAAAUUUCUCAAACAGAUUAAUGAUAAAUUAGGAAGAGUCAUUAUUGUUUUAGCAGACAUUCAGGGGCAAAGGUUGAUUUUGGCUAAUAUUUAUGCACCUAACGCUGAUGAUCAGGGCUUUUUUCUAGAUCUUGAAGGGAUAUUACAAGCCCCUCAUGAUAUAAUAUUGGGAGGAGACUUUAAUUUAUUGAUGGACUCAGUCUUUGAUCAUAGUGAAGCAAAAGUGUGUAAGCGUCCUAGAGCAACACUGACGCUUCACAGGAUGUGUAAAAAUGUUGGUCUUGUAGAUAUUUGGCGACUUUUGAACCCAUCUAGUAGGGACUAUACAUUUUUUCUGUUGUUGACUGCUCAAUUGGAAACAUUUUAGUCUCAGAUCAUGCCCUGGUGAGUUUAGAGGUGUUGCCACACACAGAGAAAAAGAAAUCAUAAAACUGGCAUUUAAAUUUAUCUGUAAGGGGGUUCGAGGGAAAGGAGGAGGCGAGAACCGGCUUGACAACUUAAAUAAUAAUUUAAUAAACAAUUUAUCCAAAAACACACCAACAUAAACACACACAGUACAGCUGCCAUUAAUUCUCUCUCUCUCGAACUAUCGUCCCCGGCCACCUUUAUCCCUCGCGCGCCCCAUCAGGCUGAUUGGGGACCGGGCGUGCGUCAUUCCAGCCCGGCCCCGCCCUCCUCAGCUCUACAGUAUCCCUUUUGCAAAAUCCUGAUUUCCAACAAAUGUUAAAGACUGAAAUCAACGUUUAAAUGGAGACCAACUGGUCCUCAGUAUCCUCUGUGGGCAUGGCUUGGGAGGCACUUAAGACUGUUCUUAGGGGUUGGAUCAUACCGUAUGCCUCAUUCAUCUAAAAAUCUAAAGCACAAGAACUUGUGGAGUUGGAAGGAAAUAUUAAAAGUGCAGAAGCAGAGCUGAAGCGCCGAAUGUCGUCUGAUGGCCUCAGAGAAUUGACCCGACUGAAAUAUAGAUAUAAUACUAUUUUGUUGUGGAAGGUGGAGUUUUGGUUAUUCAGGGCAAGACAGUCAUACUUUGAGUCGGGGGACAAAGCAAGGAAGCUUUUGGCUAGAUAUAUAAAGCAGAGAGAGUCUUUUUCUACCAUUCCCUCAGUAAAAUCUGCUGGUGGUGAAACCUUGGCCAUUGAUAUUAAUAAUGCUUUUAAAGAAUUCUAUCUUGAUCUCUAUAGUUCCACGUCUUCGUCUACUGAUGAAGAUAUUAGAAACUUUGUGGAACCAUUAGAACUCCCUAAAUUGACGACCGAGCAAAGAAAUUCUUUUGAUUCCGAGAUAACCUUGGAGGAGCUUGACGAGGUAAUUAAGGCCUUGCCUACAGGCAAGGCUCCCGGGCCAGACAGCUUUGCCGCUGAAUUUUUGAGAUAUUAUGCUACAGAAUUGGCUCCAAUUUUGUUAGAAGUUUAUACAGAAUCUUUAAAGAAUGGAAAGCUUCCCCCAACCAUGACAAAAGCCCGGAUCAGUCUGAUUCUUAAAAAAGACAAAGAUCCAAGUGAGUGAAAGAGUUACCGUCCAAUUUCCCUGAUCCAGCUAGAUGUAAAAAUUUUGGCAAAAAUUUUGGCUAACCGAUUAAGUAAAGUUAUGACAUCUCAUAUACAUAUAGAUUAGGUGGGGUUUAUUCGGGGCCGUAACUCUUAUGAUAACAUUAGGCGUUUCAUUAAUGUCAUGAGGUCAGUGGCGAAUAAUCAGUCUCCGGUCUCUGCCAUCUCACUUGACGCCGAAAAGGUGUUUGAUAUGGUAGAAUGGGAUUAUCUUUUUAAGAUUUUGGAAAUAUACGGGUUCGGAAAUACUUUUAUUGGAUGGAUUAAGUUACUUUAUAGACACCCGGCAGUGGUAGCUCAGCGGUUAAGGCUCUGGGUUACUGAUCAGAAGGUCGGGGGUUCAAGCCCCAGCACCGCCAAGAUGCCACUGUUGGGCCCUUGAGCAAGGCCCUUGACCCUAUCUGCUCCAGGGGCACCAUAUCAUGGCUGACCCUGCACUCUGACCCCAGCCUAGCUGGGAUAUGUGAAAAAGAAGAAUUUCACUGUAUAUGUGCAAAUGUAUAAUGUGUGAUAAAUAAAGAAAAUUAUUAUAAUUAUUAGCGGCGGUACAAACAAAUGGAUUAAUUUCAGAUUAUUUUACUCUGGAUAGGGGCACCCAGCAGGGUUGCCCUCUUUCCCGAGUAUUGUUCUGUGUUGGGCCUCAUGUAUUCAGAUAGAAGACAAAGGCAGGCCUAACACAGUCGUAAAAACCUAACUCAAGCCCCCACAUACCAGGUCGUAAAUCUUACUGAUAAAAAUUGCGCCAAAAUCAAACAAAGGGAGUCCAAAACAGACUACAAAUCCCAUGAAGCCUUGCUCACUAAAGGAUCGAACUCUCAACUCCUAUUGGAUGAGGCACACAACAGAACGUCCCUCAAACCAUGACAUCAUCAGGAGUAGAAAUACCUCUGAAAUGCUUCCGGGAUUUGCUUCCAGCAACUUUGUUCACAGAGUAUAGACGUAGCUCAUCGCUGCUCUCAUGUGCAACCUCGUGGCACAAGGAAGUAACAUCCGACUUGAAACUGUGGCCAUACAAUCUCCAUCUCGCUUGAUGAGUUGAGAUUACUCUGCGUUCAACUGCACACUCUAAUGGAUCCGAAGGAGACCGCCGAGCAAUCUGCAUCUUCAUCUGUUUGCCUGCAGAAGUGAAUAGAUUAAAGAUUUCUCUUCCAUCUUCAAUCAAGUCGACAUUUCUGAGUUCUCCGCCAGCCCGUCCAGAAUCAACAGCCGUGUCCGCCAACAGAGCGAGGAAACGGCCUCCCGUCAUCACCCGAGCCUCAAGGAACCGGGUCGGAGUUAAAGGACGGAGGAACACACAUUCUACCUGUGUCCUCAUGCGAUUCAAAGCUGAUGGAAGAGCAAGAGGAACAUCAAGAACUGAAUGAAAUGGAGGUGAAACAUCAGUAUCAGAAAUAUAAUGAUUUUAUAACUGGAGAAAAGUUGAGUUGCUCAAAGACAGAAAAUAAUUUCUCACCAAAAAAGCCUCAAAGAAGAGCAGCCAAAAAUACCUUCACCUGCUCCCAGUGUGGAAAGAAUUUCAAAUGUAAAAGCAGUCUUAAUAAACACAUGAGAGUUCAUACUGGAGAAAAACCUUACAAGUGCUCACACUGUGGAAAGAGUUUCACUCUGUCAAACAGCUUGAGAUCACACGAGAGAAUUCAUACUGGAGAGAAACCUUACAAGUGCUCACACUGUGGAAAGAGUUUCAUUCAGUCAGAAAGCUUGAAAUCACACGAGAGAAUUCAUACUGGAGAGAAACCAUACAAGUGCUCACACUGUGGAAAGAGUUUCAUUCAGUCACAAAACCUGAAAACACACGAGAGAAUUCAUACUGGAGAGAAACCUUACAAGUGCUCACAAUGUGAAAAGAGUUUCACUCUGUCAAACAGCUUGAGAUCACAUGAGAGAAUUCAUACUGGAGAGAAACCUUACAAGUGCUCACACUGUGGAAAGAGUUUCAUUCAGUCAGACCACCUAAAAACACAUGAGAGAAUUCAUACUGGAGAGAAACCUUACAAGUGCUCACACUGUGAAAAGAGUUUCACUCGGUCAGAAAGCCUGAAAACACAUGAGAGAACUCAUACUGGAGAGAAACCAUACAAGUGCUCACACUGUGGAAAGAGUUUCAUUCAGUCACAAAACCUGAAAACACAUGAGAGAAUUCAUACUGGAGAGAAACCUUACAAGUGCUCACACUGUGAAAAGAGUUUCUCUCUGUCAAACAGCUUGAGAUCACAUGAGAGAAUUCAUACUGGAGAGAAACCUUACAAGUGCUCACACUGUGGAAAGAGUUUCAGUCUGUCAAACACCUUGAGAUCACAUGAGAGAAUUCAUACUGGAGAGAAACCUUACAAGUGCUCACACUGUGGAAAGAGUUUCACUCAAUCAAUCAGCUUGAGAUCACACGAGAGAAUUCAUACUGGAGAGAAACCUUACAAGUGCUCACACUGUGGAAAGAGUUUCACUCUGUCAAACACCUUGAGAUCACAUGAGAGAAUUCAUACUGGAGAGAAACCUUACAAGUGCUCACACUGUGAAAAGAGUUUCACUCAGUCAAACAGCUUGAGAUUACACGAAAGAAUUCAUACUGGAUAG